UCCGGCGCUCUCCCUCUCCCUUCUCACACACACAGGACUCAUCUACACGCACUCUCUGACAUCACUCAGUACAAAAGGGUGGAGUGAGCCUCCACUGAAAUCUCUUCUGUCUGAAGGGAAGGGAAAUUCUGUAGCAGACAAGCAGAGGAAAGCAGCAGGACCGAGCCAGCUGAGUCACACACAGGCGCACGGCGAGCCGUUUCCAACGCCCCUCUGGACAUCCUCGGAGAGCCGGGAGAAAGCCCCCCACCGCUCGGCUGAAGCCCCCCGAAGAAGACAACUUGCCACCUUCCUCUGAGAUACCAGCGGACUUUCCCCCCCCCCCUUGGACUCAAGCAGGAGGACACGGCCAGCAUGGAGGAGUACGACGCCCUGCUGCAGGAGCUCUCCGAGAACAUCACCAACGAAGACCUGGACCAGCUGAAGUCGGCGUGCAAAGAGGACAUUCCCAGCGAGAAGAGCGAGGAGAUGACCUCCUGCCAGGACUGGUUCAGCUUCCUGGAGAAGCACGACAAGUUGGCGAAAGACAACCUCUCCUACAUAGAACACAUUUUCGAGAUCUCACGACGUCCUGACCUCCUCACCAUGGUUAUCGACUACAGGACCAAAGUUUUGAAAAUUUCAGCAGAGGAAGAACUCGACACAAAACUAACUCGGAUCCCUAGUGCCAAAAAAUAUAAAGAUAUAAUAAGACAGCCAUCAGAAGAAGAGAUCAUCAAAUUGGCCCCUCCCCCAAAGAAAGCUUGAAGUACGACCAACCCCAGAGGAAACAGAAAAAGGGGGAGGAGACUCAAUCCUGUUUGGUCUUUGUCGUUCCAUUCCCCCCCUCCCCAUUCUUCACCUAACAUCUCCCCGUUCUCGCUCUGCGCAAACCUACGACAGGAGCAGAGAUUGGGGAGAGGGGGGGACACGGCGCGAAAUGAAUCAUCGCCCCCCCUCCUCCCCCAACCAGUGACCACUAACAAGUGUCCUAACCCCUCUCUCGUUGUCUGUGCUCCGUGACCUGCAGUUUGUCCUAAGAUUGUUUCGUAAGCGUGCGUUUUAAAUAGAAGUAUCUUUAUUUUUGA